AUGCCAAUUUCUCUCUGAUCAUCUCUAGCCAACUACUCCCUUUUGCCCACAGUAAAUACAUAUUGAGCUUCUUCAUGACAAAAGCACUCUGCCUGCCCUGCUUUGCCUGCCUCAGGAUCAGAGAAACCAGGCAUCAGAGGUCUGUGACAUCAGAAAGACAGCUGAGAGGACUGAGGUGUCAGCCAAGCUCAAAUGCCAAAUUUUUGUACAGGGGCUUGAAGUCUGCUGAACCCAUGGCCUGAAGAUCUCUGGGUUGAGCCCUCAGGAUGGGGAAUUGCCAGAACAACCUUCCCAAAAAUGCCAGGCCCUUGAGGCGUGAACUAAAAGAGAAGUUGCAGGCCCCCAUCAUCAUCUUUAUAAUUGGAGGCCCUGGGUGUGGCAAGGGGGUACAGAGUACCCGGAUGGCUCAAAAGUACGAAUUCACUCACGUGGCUGUUGGAGAUCUGCUGCGGGAGGAAGCCAGCAAAUCCACCUCCAGAGGCAAAGCCAUAAGGGACAUCAUGCUGAAUGGGGCUCUGGUGCCCUCGGGCUACAUCACGGAUCUGGUGGCUGACAAUCUGCUAAAAUGUGAAGACGUGAAAGGAUUUGUUGUUGAAGGCUUUCCCCGGGAAAUCAACCAGGCCAAGUUGUUUGAGGAAAUUGUGGGGCGUACCCCCAACAUGGUGAUAGUGUUUGACUGCUCCACGGAGACCAUGAUCCAGCGGCUGCUCAUCCGAAGUCAGAUGGGUGAGAGGGUGGACGACCAUGAGCGCAUCAUCCGUCAGCGGCUAGAGACCUACCACACACAGUAUCAUUGGGGAGGAGCCUCCAGACGUUGUCUUUCACAAAUGCUGCAGUGUGGUGGAUAAUGUGAUAAAGGGAGCAGCCUGAAGAACAUAAUUAUUUAGUUCUACAUCAAAAUAAAAGUUUAAGUUGCUGGCCCAUUACAAUGCUCUCCUUAGGGGGGAAAAAGAAUCUCAGUGGUGGUUUUCACAUGCGCACACAUGGUGGCUUGCAACUUUCUCUGCGAACUGACAUCUUUG